AGCCUGUUCCCAUGGAAGCCGGGAAACGCGUCUGACGUCACUAGCCGCGCGCCGGAAGUGAGGCAAAUCACACCGCGAAGAAACUGUCCGGCCAGGGGAGCGACGGCCUGGGCACUGCUUUUGAUACCAUGAGACCCACCCGCCGACUCCUUCUAGUUGGGGAAGGAAACUUCUCCUUCUCUGCCUCCUUGUGCAAUGCCAGCGAUCGUGAGACUCAUAUCACUGCCACUUGCUAUGAGAGCGAAGAGAGAGUUUCCAGACAGGCACUUGCUAAAACUAACAUACAACAUCUGAGAGCAAAAGGGGUUGAAGUUUGUUUUUGUGUGGACUGUACCAAACUGAAGGACUAUUUUUUGCCAGCAAAGAGAAAUUUUGAUUGCAUUUAUUUCAAUUUCCCUCACUGUGGGAGGAAAGCUGGGGUGACAAAGAAUAGAGAGCUUCUUACAAAAUUUUUCUGUAGCUGCACAGAUGUGCUCGCAGAGAAGGGAGAGGUCCAUGUGGCUCUUUGCAAAGGGCAGGGAGGGACGCCUGCUGACCAGCCAAUGAGAGAGUGGCACAACAGCUGGCAAGUCGUGGCUAUGGCAGCGGGAGCAGGAUUUAUCUUGAGUGAUGUUCAUCCCUUCAAUUUAGAACAUGUUCAUGGAUAUAAGUGCACUGGCUACAGGCCAUCCGGGAACAAGGCGGGUCAGGUCUGGGCACCCGAAGGAUCCACAGCUUUCAAGUGUCUAAUCUCAGCUCGGUUCUGCGCUGCCCUCUUGAGUAACAUCUCCGACUGUGAUGAGACGUUUAACUACUGGGAACCGAUGCACUACCUCGUCUAUGGGAAAGGGUUCCAGACAUGGGAAUACUCUCCAGUCUAUGCCAUUCGCUCCUAUGCUUAUCUGUGGCUUCAUGCCUUGCCAGCCUUAUUCCAUGCUCGAGUUCUACGGACAAAUAAGGUUCUCGUCUUUUAUUUCCUGCGAUGUCUCUUGGCCUUCUUGAGUUGCAUUUGUGAGCUUUACUUUUAUAAGGCCGUGUGUAAGAAAUUUGGGCUGCAUGUGAGCCGGCUGAUGUUGGCCUUCUUAGUUCUCAGCACUGGGAUGUUUUGCUCAGCUGCAGCCUUCCUCCCCAGCAGUUUCUGUAUGUACACCACAGUGGUUGCCAUGACAGGCUGGUAUAUGGAUAAGACCUCUAUAGCCGUGCUGGGCGUGGCAGCUGGAGCCAUCGUGGGUUGGCCUUUCAGUGCAGCUCUUGGGCUACCUAUUGCCGUUGACUUGCUGAUAAUAAAGCGGAGGUGGAAGAGCUUCCUGAACUGGUGUCUGGUGGCCCUGAUCCUGUUUUUGGUUCCCCUGGUGAUUGUUGACAGCUAUUACUAUGGGAAGCUGGUAAUCACUCCUCUCAACAUUGUUUUAUACAAUGUCUUCACACCUCACGGACCCGAUCUUUACGGUACUGAGCCCUGGUCCUUCUAUUUUAUUAAUGGUUUCCUGAACUUCAACGUGGCGUUUGCCUUGGCCCUGCUUGCCCUGCCGCUGACCUCCCUCAUGGAAUGUCUGCUACAGAAAUUUCAUGUCCAGAAUCUGGGUCGCCCAUAUUGGCUUACGCUAGCUCCUAUGUACAUCUGGAUCCUGAUUUUCUUCAGUCAACCCCAUAAAGAGGAGAGGUUUCUGUUUCCCAUAUAUCCUCUCAUCUGUCUCUGUGGAGCUGUGGCGCUCUCUGCCCUUCAGAAAUGUUACCACUUCGCAUUCCAGCGUUACCGUUUGGAGCACUACACAGUCUCCUCCAACUGGCUGGCUCUGGGGACGGUUUUUCUCUUUGGACUCUUGUCACUCUCGCGCUCUGUGGCUUUAUUCAAAGGCUACCAUGGGCCUCUGGACCUGUAUCCAGAAUUUCAUAGGAUUGCCACUGAUCCGACUAUUCACACAGUGCCAGAGGGGAGGUCAGUUAAUGUCUGUGUGGGGAAGGAGUGGUACCGAUUUCCGAGCAGCUUUCUCCUGCCAGAUAAUUGGCAGCUCCAGUUCAUCUCGUCAGAGUUCAGGGGCCAGUUACCGAAACCGUUUGCCAAGGGACCAAUGGCCACACGGAGCAUUCCUGCAGACAUGAAUGACCAAAACAGGGAAGAGCCAUCCAGAUAUAUUGACAUUUCCAAAUGCCAUUACCUGGUGGAUUUAGAUAAAGCGGUUGAAACAUCAAGGGAGCCGAGAUACUCCGCCAACAAAGAAGAAUGGAUCAGCAUUGCCUACAAACCAUUCCUGGAUACUUCCCGGUCUUCAAAGCUGCUGCGUGCUUUCUAUGUCCCUUUCCUGUCCGAGAGGCAUACGUCGUAUGCAAACUACACCAUCCUUAAACCCCGGAAGUCAAAGCAAGCCAGGAAAAAAACAGGAGGUUAGCAACACACCUGCGGACCAAAAAGGAUCAACCAAUAUUGUCGGCCAGCUGCGUAAACCUUCCUAGGGAAAAAAAAUGCUUGUAAGAUUCACUAAUAAAGGUUUCCCACCCAGUGAUUUCACUCUGCAAGCCUCCAGCUGUAAAGAGUAUAUCAUCUGCUCUCAGUUCUGUUAGUCUCUGCUCUCCCUGUGCAGCUCAUUUUCAGAACGUCUUGGUAAGAAACAGUUUGAAAAUCCAGCAGCUGCCUACGAAUAUAUUAUCCCUGUUGCUCCCUGCAUUAUUAUGUAUUAGACUAGAGAAGAGCAAAACUAAAUAACAAGAAAUGACUGUGUUAGACUGUGCGCCAGGAUACUGCCUGGCACCAGGAAAAUUCACAGCCUCUCUCAGUAUUCCUCAUCUGCUAAAUAGCUGCUUGCCUGCUCCUAGGAAACAUUAUUUGCAGAUAACCGCAUUUGAAAAAAAAAAAAAAAAAAACCAAAAAACAGCAGCACAGCAGAGACAAUGACUCUCUGAAAUGCUGAGAAUCUCAGCAAACAAGACAGUCCAUACCAAGAGAAAAAUCCCUGGGAUCACCCUGUCCAGGAGAUACUUUCCAAGGCGAAAGUUGCACUUUCAAACAAACCGUGAUGUUCGUUAGUUAUCUGUUUUAAUGGGAUGUGAUUUCAUUUGCUUUGAGUUCUGUUUUCCUUGUUAUGAUCCUAGAUAUUGUGAAAACACAGGGGCUUCGUUUAAUCUUAUUUAUUUAUUUGUGUGUGUGUGUGUGUGUGUGUUUAAAGAAACAUUUAAUGUCCUUUGAAUUCUUGUCUCCAAUGCGUAAAAUGCCUGGAAACCGCCUAUGGGGUAAAAAGGGUUAAUAAUUAUUGUGAUUCAGUUGCCCAGAUCUACCAGGAUAUGUACAAGUUCCCUUUUGUCAAAGACCCUCCAGAAUGAUGAUGCAGUAUUGAACUAUACCCAAGUUUUAUCAUGAACCAGAUUAAAAAGGACGUUUACAUCAGUCUCGUAGAAACCUGUGCAGGGGCCUGAGAGGGGGAACGUGGGUGAACUUUCCCUCAGUGCAGAGGGACAGACAGCACAAGCUCUGGCCCAACCUAAGCCCUAUUCCGAGGGUUAAAAUGGAACUUAGUGGUGCAUAAGCGUGGCCCCCUGCACAUAGAUGGCCAUUUCGCAUUGGCUUGCUAAACCCAGGGUUGUGAGUUCAAUCCUUGAAGGGGCCAUUUAGGAAUCUGGGGCAAAAAUCUGUCUGGGGAUUUGAGCAGGGGAUUGGACUAGAUGACCUCCUGAGGUCCCUGCCAACCCUGAGAGUCUGUGAUUCUAUGAUUUCAUCCUGUGUGAAUAGCACACACCAGAGAGAGCAGAUGAGAUGUGGCUGUAUGAGAGUGGCGCAGCAAAUGGUUUGUGAAUAGGUUUGCCCAUGUGUGGGGAUGCAGUGACGAAGUUGGGGGGCUGCGGUGGUUGAACAGUGAGUGUAUGUGAUGGAAAGCAUACGCCAGUGGCUGCGUAGGGCAGGUGGAUCGUUCAGCACGUUUGCAGGUUAAUAGCUGAGCAAGCUGGUGUAGCAAGGUCAAAAGGGCAGACAGUGCAGCAGUGUGGCUCUAAUUUAACAUGACACUAUUGGGUCAGAGCCGGAGAAGCCAGGAAAGGAAAUAGUGCAACCCUGAGAGAACCAUGCAUGGCUUUAAUCUGGAAAAUUACAUUUGAAAUGUAGCAGAGGACACUGCACUUCCCUUUGUCUGCUGAGUCCCGUGCACUCACUAGGGAUGAGUAUUGAUGAAAUGCUUAGGUCACCACUCGGCUACAUUUCCUCCUGCACAGUUGCAGGGUUGGCUGGUUGCUUCCCCGGAUAUUUUAUUUAACUCUUUGUUUAAAAAAAAAAAAAAA